AUGGCCGCGUGGAGACCGCCGGAGGAUGAGGAAGUGGCAUGGGUGUUGGAAGUUGUGGGGUGCAAGCGAUCCCAUCUUGGAGACAUGUCGGAGGAUGAGUUCCGAUACCUCUUGAAGCCGCGGCGGAGGCAAGUUGCAUUGGCACUGCAUCCGGACAAGCAAGACGCGCAUAGGAGAGGGACGAUGGCGGAAGCACAAAUGAAACGCUGGAAUGUGGCCUGGGAGAGAGUGAUGCACAGUGUUCCGCCACAGUUCAAAGAGGGUGGUGCAGGCGUCGUCCCGGCGCGAACUCAAGCUGCGCUGAAUGCUCAUCCUGGGAUGUGGGAAGAACCGUGGUGUGUUCCUGCUUGGCUGGUUCGGAAGUGGAAACGCAGAGGUGAAGGGCAUCAGGAGUCUGAGUCGGGAGAUGGCGUUCCAAGUGGUUCGCAGCAGCCUGGCGCGCAGUCUGCACAGCAAGGAACAGGUGCCGGUGCUACUAGUUCGGAUGGUGGUAUGCCCAGUGCUUCAGCGGGGAAGGAUCCAGAAGGUGAUGCCGGCACUUCGCAGUCAAAUUCGACCAACGCUUCGGAUCCUUGCGCUGGUACCCCUCACUGUGUUGAUUUUGAUACCAAGCAUCGUGGAAUGCCUGCUCAAAAACUGCUCGAAUACAAGUUUUUGUAUUCCGCGCACGGAAAAUGCGUUCAGUGCAUGGAUUACUACGCGAGGCAGCCCGGUCUUGAUGUGACCUGUAAAUCUUGCAACAUGAAUGCUCGUGAAUGGGCUGCCAGUUCCACGAGUAGGAAAAGGCGUACCACGGUACCCAUCCCAGAUGAUGUGGAACGAUGGCUGCAACGCCACAACUUGUGA